GAGAAAGACACAAAGGUUUUCUGCUCCAAGAAAGAAACUUGCGGUACACACACAUAAACAAUCAUUGUCAGCUUCUUCUUUCUCUCCCAAAAAAUCCAAUCUUUUUUGUUUUUCUUCAUCAAAUCCUCUGUUCACAAAAAAAAAAAAAAAUAGAACUAAGAGAUGGGCAAAAAAGAUGAGAAUAUCGAAGCUGUUCUUCAUUUGCUCAGGAAACAAUCUCCACUCACUCUUAAACAAGAGAAGUUCUGUAACAGAGACUGCGUGGAGAGGUUCUUGAAAGGGAAAGGAGAAAAUGUGAAAAAAGCUGCGAAGCAACUAACUUCAUGCCUUUCUUGGAGACAAAGCAUUGAGAUUGAGCGUUUACGGGCAGAGGAAUUCUCGACGGAGCUCGCUGACGGUUUAGCUUACGUCGCCGGCCAUGACGGAGAAUCUAGACCCGUUAUCAUUUUCCGUUUCAAGCAUGAUUAUCAGAAGUUGCAUACUCAGAACCAGUUUACGCGUUUGGUGGCGUUCACGAUGGAGACUGCGAUCUCGAGCAUGUCCAGAAACGCAGAACAGAGCGUUGUUCUUCUCUUCGAUGCAAACUUUUUCAGAUCAUCCUCUGCCUUUGCAAAUUUGCUUUUGGCGACCCUAAAAAUCAUCGCAGAUUAUUACCCAUGCCGACUUUACAAAGCCUUUAUCAUCGACCCUCCCUCCUUUUUCUCCUACAUUUGGAAGGGCGUUCGUCCGUUCGUGGAGCUAUCAACGGUCAGUAUGUUAGUCUCGUCACUAGACUUCGACGAACAGCUCGAUGUUAGCCACGUGUCAUCCUCAUCUGCUAGAUCUUCCUCCCUACGAUUCGACGCAUCGUCCAUUAAAUCAACGGCCACGAUUGGUUCAGCUUCUUCAAGAUUCGCCUUCACCGUAUCUCACAACUCCUUGAAGCCGUGGUACCUUUCCUUCACCGACACGUCUCCUUAUAACGCCGCCGUCGCCUCCUCCGCCUCUAAAGUUUCUCCGAUCAGCGCACGGUCACUAUCUUUCGCGUCUCCGGCGGCGCGUGGCUUAAGAGACGCGAGACCAGCCGCCUGCAGAAAGAGUCUUUUCCCAUCGACGCCGUUGUCGGAGAAGACGAAAACUGUGCCGUACCGGAAAACUCCGCGUCCGUCGUUCUUUCAAUCGCCGGCGAUGUUUUUUCGCGGAGAGAAAAAUGUCGGCGGAGGAGGCGAGAAGUCACGUGAAGCGUUCGUACCGUAUCUCAAGUUUUACCGGAGACCGUACGAUGAGAUGGCCUAUCGGUCUAAGCUGCGGGGUCCACGUGGAUUUGUGUCAGUCGUGUCUUCGCACAGAAGAUGUCGCCACGUGUCUUUAUCUCAACGGUUCUUGCUAUGACGUUAAAAUGAUGAGAUUGGGGAACAAACAAGUAUAUAAUUCAGAAUCUCAGAUAUACAUUAAAUCUUUUCCGAAUA